CAUCAAAACUCCAACCAAACUCACUAUAUUACAUCCUACUUGUUCAUAUCUCCAAAUUUGCAGAGUACAUAUCCAUGGCAGACCUAUUUUUGAAGCAAUCAAAGCAGUAUUCUGAGGGCAGACCAGACUACCCCGACCAGCUCUUCCACUUCAUCUCCUCCCACACUCCCUCCCACGACCUCGCCUGGGACGUCGGCACCGGCACCGGCCAAGCCGCCAAAUCCUUAGCGAAGGCCUACAAGAAUGUGAUCGCCACCGACACAAGCCCGAAGCAGCUCGAAUACGCCGAGAAGCUAUCCAACAUAACCUACCAAUGCACCCCUCAAACCAUGUCCAUCUCCGACAUCCACAACUGCAUCGGAUCCGAAUCCACCUUCGAUUUAAUCACAAUCGCGCAAGCCAUGCACUGGUUCCAUCUCCCCACGUUCUACAACCAUGUCAACCAUCUCCUAAAAAAGCCCGCCGGCGCCAUUGCAGCCUGGUGCUACACUCUCCCGGAGGUAAACCCCGCCGUCGACAAAUUGCUCAACCGCUUCUACAACAACGACGUCGGACCCUACUGGGAAUCGGCCCGAACAUUAGUGGAUGAGAAGUACAAAACCAUCGACUUCCCGUUCGAUCCGGUCGACGGGCUCGAGAGCAAUGGGCCGUUCCGGUUCAAUUCCGAGAAGGUUAUGGAUCUAGACAAGUAUAUUGUGUACUUGAAGUCUUGGUCUGCUUACCAUACUGCUAAAGGAAAGGGCGUGGAGCUUUUGACAGAAAAUUUGAUCCAAGAUUUCAAGAAAGCUUGGGAUGGAGAAGAUGGGCAGACACAGAAGAUUGUUGUCUUCCCAAUCUAUUUAAGGUUUGGAAAAGUUGGGUCAGCCAAUUGAGAAAGAUUGUUUCUUUAUCUUAACUAUUUGUAGGAUCUUGUAAUUCGACCUAAACAUCACUUAUCAUCA